AUGGAUACAAUGUGUACUGGUGCUGCUCACGAGGUGGCAACCGCUGCUGCGAAAGGGAACUUGGAGAAUAUUAAAACCGAAGUCCAGGAAUGGCGCCACAAAGUGGAUGAGGGCUUCACUGAAGAGGCAAAGAAAGUGAACGAUCUUGAAGUCAAAGCAAAGACCAAGUGUUCUCGCUACCAGCUUAGCAAGAAAGCAGAAGAAGAUGCUGCCAAUUUUAAAAAGCUUAUCGAAGAUGCCCGUUUUGAGCGCGUGGGAUGCCCUUAUGUUGCUGAACCCAUAAUCCAUACAGACUUUGAGACCUUUCAAUCAAGAGAGGAGGUUUUCAAUGAUAUCAUGGAGUUACUGAAAGAUGCAACAACAAGCAUGAUUGGAGUGUACGGGAUGGCUGGUGUGGGCAAAACAUGGCUGGUCAAAGAAGUUGAGAGACAACUCCAUGGGGUUAAGUUAUUCAAUUCAGUAGUUAGAGCAACUGUAUCUCGAAUUCCUGACAUUAAGGAAAUCCAAGACCAAAUAGCAUACUCAUUGGGUUUGAAGCUUGAAGAAAACAGUCCGGUUGUAAGAGUCCGUAAAUUGUAUGGAAGGUUAAGGAAUGAGAAAAAUGUUCUUAUUAUUGUGGAUGAUCUUUGGAAGAAACUGGAUCUAAAGGAAGUCGGAAUUCCAUUUGGAAGUCAACACAAAGGAUGCAAAAUACUGUUGACCUCAAGAAGUCGAAAUGUUGUAAGCAAUGAGAUGGGUGCUACAAAGACCUUUGCAGUUGAUAAUUUAGAUGAGGAAGAAGCUUGGGAGUUCUUCAAGAAGAUGACAGGGAACAGUGUUGAAAGUGAUGAGGAGCUGCGAUCUACAGCAAUUGAGGUAGUCAAGAAAUGUGCAAGAUUACCACUUGCCCUUGCAACAGUUGCAAGGGCGUUGCGAAAUGAAAGUUUAUUUGGUUGGAGGGAUGCUUUACAACAAUUACAGAGGCCUUGCUUGGAACAUAGCUCGAGUGAGAUAUCGGCUGAGGUACAUUCGAAUAUUAAGUUGAGUAUCAAUCAUUUAUCAAGUGAAGACCUCAAGCAGAUUUUCCUGCUUUGCAGUUUACUGCGUCGUGACACUAGGAUUGAAGACUUGUUGAGAUAUGCUCGUGGUUUGGGUCUAAUUAAAGGAGUCAACAGCAUGAAAGCAGAACGAGAUAGGCUGUUAAAAAUGAUGCGUACCCUCAAAGAAUCUUGUUUGUUGCGUGAUAGUAAAAGUACCAAUGAGGAGUACUUCGAUGUGCAUGAUCUUACUUAUAGUGUGGCCAAAUCAAUCGCUUCAAAGGACAAUCAAGUGCUUGCUUUAACAGAGGUAGAUAAGGAUGAGGAUGAGGAUGUUGUAGCAGAUUGGCCAAAUGGAGAGUCAAUGAAAGAGUGCAACGAGAUUAUUUUGCGGGAUCCUAGUAUCAACAAGCUUCCUGACCAGUUGAAUUGUCCGCAGCUUUUUCUCUUCCUUUUGUUUAGUAAGGAUCUCUCCUUGACGUUGCCGGAUAACUUCUUCAAGGAAGCAAAAAAUCUUAAAGUCUUAGGUUUGACUUGCAUGCAUUUUUCUUCUUUACCUUCAUCAAUUGGUCUCCUAACUAGCCUCAGUACAUUGUGCCUAGAUCACUGCAAUUUGGGAGAUAACCUAACCAUUAUUGGGGCACUCAAGAACUUAAAUGUGCUUAGCCUUGCUGGAUCUGAUAUCAAAAUUGUACCCAAGGAAAUUGGGCAAUUGUUGAAGCUAAAGUUGUUAGAUGUGAGUGGUUGUACUAAACUCAAAACAAUUUCAGCUAACGUGUUGCCAAGUUUGUCAAAAUUAGAAGAAUUAUAUAUGGGUGGCACUUGUAUUCAAUGGGGACAACCCAAUGCUAGUCUUGCUGAACUGAACACACUGUCUCAUUUGUCCACUUUAGAAGUUGAAAUUCCGGACGCCAAGGCUGCCCCAGAGGACUUCUUUCAGAAGUUACAAAAGUUGGAAAGAUACAAGAUUUGCAUAGGAAAGGAAUGGGUGCGGUUUCGCAACUAUCAAUAUUCAAGAACCUUAAAACUCAGGCUAAACACAAGCAUUGAUGAUUUUGAUCAUGGAAUUAAGAAGUUGGUAAAGAGAACUCUAGAUUUACAAUUGGAUAAACUGAAAGGUGUGAAGAUUAAUGCACUGGAGGAGGUAACAGAUGAGGAAAGGCUAUCACAUUUGCAGAAUCUGCAUAUCCAAAAUGGUUUGGAUAUUGAAUCUAUCAUUAAUGCUAGAAAUGAAUUUCCUCAUUUGCAGUCCUUGACAUUGGAGGGUCUUCCUCAACUCGUAAGCUUUUGCUGUCAAGACAAAAUCGAUGGUACCUCAUUGCCUCAACGUGAAUUGCCACUUUUCGGAGAAAAGGUUGCAUUUCCCAGUUUGGAGGAAAUGAGUAUUUCCGACUUGAGUAAGAUGAAGAUGUUAUGGCGGAACCCACUUCCACCAAAUUCAUUUCCCAAACUACAACAAUUGAGUGUUGUAGGAUGUGAUAAGUUGUUAACCAUUUUUCCGUCUAAUAUACUCACAACAUUUCAAAGGCUGCACCAUCUAACCGUAAAGACUUGUGGUUCCUUAGAACACGUAUUUGAAAUCAUGCAUGAAGAAAAAGAAACCGCUUUACAACUAAGAGUUUUGCAAAUGAAUGUAUUUCCAGCCUCAAUAGCCAAAGACCUACCGCAACUUAAUUAUCUUGCAAUAUCUAGUUGUGGAGUGGAGGAGAUUGUUUCCAAAUUAGAGGAAAGAUCAGAUUCAGAAGCGGUUGCCAAUUUCAAGUUUGAUCAACUUUGCACCCUUAUACUUUCGAAUCUACCGGGAUUGAAAUGUUUUUACCCGGGUAAGCAUACCGCAAAGUGGCCAAUGUUAAACGAGUUGGAAGUAGCUGAGUGUGGGGAAAUGAGGAUCUUUGGUACACAGCUGAACACUAAUAAUGUAGAACUUGACUCCCCAAUCCAUCCACCACUUUUCUUGGUUGAAAAGGUUAUCCCUAAACUACGACAUUUGACAUUAGAUAGUGAUUAUAUUGCAAUGAUAAGUGAUGGUGAAUUCUCAAGCAGCCUUUUUCAUGAAAUAAAAGCUUUUGAAGUGAAUUACAACGGUGUUGAAUCAGUUGAUUUCCAGAUUUCUUUCCUUGAGAGAUUCCGCACUCUUGAAAAUCUUACUAUAUCUGAAUGUGAAAUAAAAGAGCUAUUUUGUACUGAAGGAGAUACCGGUAAUGAGGAGAUGUAUGUUGGGACUUUGUCAACAAUUAGAAACUUAAAAUUGGUAGCUCUUGAUAAUCUAAAAGAUUAUUUAUGGAAGCAAGACGUACAAGUGGACCACAUUCUACCCAAACUUGAGACUCUUGAAGUUCACGAUUGUUGCAAUUUGAUCUGCUUAGGAUCAUCCUCAGCAUCAUUGCAAAAUCUCACCACAUUGUAUGUGGGGAAUUGCAAUGCAAUGAAAUACUUAGAUACAUGUUUAGCAGUCCAAGGUAUGACUCAACUCAAGAAGUUGAGGGUAAGAAACUGCAUUUCAAUGAAGGAAAUAGUUGCAACCGAGGAAGGUGAAACAACUUGUGACAUUAUUUUCAGCAGGUUGAAAAGUUUGGAACUUGUGAAUCUACCGCGACCUACGAGCUUUUGUUCAGGCAACCACACAUUUGGAUUCCCAGGCUUAGAGGAAUUAAUAGUGAGUGGUUGCCCUGAAUUGGAGAUAUUUUGUAAGGGAGUUUUAACUAAUCCACCAUUACUGCAAAAAGUAGAAUAUGGAAAAGAUAAUGGACUUUGGUGUAGUGACCUUAAUAACACUAUCCAAGAAAUGUAUUCAAUAAAGGCUGGGUUCCAAGCUAUCCGGUUUUUAGUCCUCUCAGAAUUUUCCAGGUCAAUUGAAAUAUGGAAGGAGAACAUUCACGAAGUUUAG